AUGCUGAAAUUCCAAGAGGCUAUUAAACAUGUCAGUGGUUCUGCACCUAUUUCCACUUCCUCUGAAACCUUGAUUGCAAGAAGAUAUGUUCUUCAGCAGAAACUUGGCAGAGGAAGCUUUGGAACAGUCUAUCUGGUUUCAGACAAGAAGGCAAAACAAGGAGAAGAAUUAAAGGUUCUGAAGGAAAUCUCUGUUGGAGACCUCAAGCCCAAUGAAACAGUUGAAGCAAAUCUAGAAGCACAACUACUCUCCAAGCUAGAUCAUCCAGCCAUUGUCAAGUUUUAUGCAAGCUUUGUGGAACGAGAGAGUUUCUGCAUCAUCACUGAAUACUGUGAGGGUCGAGAUCUAGACUGCAAAAUUCAAGAAUACAAAGAAGCCGGGAAAAUAUUCACUGAAAGCCAGAUAAUAGAAUGGUUUAUACAGUUGUUGCUUGGAGUCAACUAUAUGCAUGAAAGGCGAAUACUUCACAGGGAUUUAAAAGCCAAGAAUAUUUUUUUGAAAAAUAACCUUCUUAAAAUUGGGGACUUUGGAGUUUCUCGUCUCUUGAUGGGAUCAUGUGAUCUGGCAACUACGUUUACUGGGACACCUUACUACAUGAGCCCAGAGGCACUGAAACAUCAAGGUUAUGACACAAAAUCCGACAUUUGGUCACUGGGAUGCAUUUUGUAUGAGAUGUGCUGUCUGGAUCAUGCAUUUACUGGACACAAUUUUUUGUCUAUUGUGCUAAAAAUCGUGGAAGGCAACACACCUUCUGUUCCUGACAGAUAUCCAAGUAAACUGAACAUGGUCCUCCACAGCAUGCUGAACAAGGAUCCUUCUCUGAGACCAUCUGCAGCAGAGAUUCUAAAAAUCCCCUACAUUGAUGAACAAUUACAGCAGAAUGUCAAAUGCAAAUUCACAAAUAUGGCUCUGAAAGACAAGACAUUUAAUUGUCAGAAAGAAGCUGCUCGCAUCGUUAAUGCUGUGCAGAAAAAAAUCCAUUUGCAAACUCUGCGGGAACUGUCUGAGGUGCAGAAAAUGACUCCACGAGAGCGAAUGAGGCUGCGGAAGUUAAAUGUUGCAGAUGAGAAAGCAAAGAAGCUUAAACAACUGGCAGAAGAAAAAUAUCAAGAAAACCUCAAAAGAAUGCAAGAACUGAGGUCCCGUAACUUUCAGCAAUUGAGUAUAGAUGUGCUUCAUGAAUCUGAUGAGCAGACUUCAAAGCAUCUGAUUCAGUCUCAGCCAGUCACUGCACUGGACUACAUAUCCAUAGGACAUAAAGAACCAAGUGAAAAUGAGACACCGGGCAGGCUCUGUAUGUCUGAACCUGUGGAGCACGAGAUCCCCGAAGAUCCACAAGUCGCAGAAGAAUAUUAUAACGAUGUGUUUGAUUCUUGUUCGGAAACAAGUGAAGAGGAGGAGGAAAAUAUGGAAGUAUCACAGACUGUCUCUAAAACAAAUCAACAGGACAGUGAUGUCGAGGCAAUGGUCAGGUAUUUGGAGAACGUCCUGAAUAACAGCUCUCUAGGUUCUGGGACUGUCACCAGCGUGGCUCCAGUAGUGCCCCAGGGAUCGAGAGCAAUCAACAACACCAUGGCUGAGACCAAGCUGAAACGCAUGAGGGAAUCAGCAAUUCAGAAGCUGGGAGCGGAAGUAUUUGAAAAGGUUUACAGCUAUCUCAAGAAAGCAAGACAGCAGAAUGCAAGUGAAGAUGAGAUCCGGGAACGCCUGGAGAAAGUGGUUUCUAGAGCAAGCGACUGUUUUGAAGUGGAUCAACUUCUCUACUUUGAGGAUCAGCUGCUUGCCUUAGCUCCAGUGUAA